ACAUCCACUCCAACAUUGAGCAGCGAGUAUGUUUUUUAUUCAGAACAUUUCGGUAACCACCAGUACACUGGAGUCAACAAUGAGUGGAUUAUAAAUAUGCUACGCCUCUAGUGAAAGUACAAUUAGCCGACACAACCAUGAAAGUACAAAAAAUGCCACUCUUUGGAAAGAUAGUGGUAAUCAAACGGAAUGAGUCGGACGGGGCCAACUUUCCCCUCACGCUCAAGCAGUGCUUGUUUGGAAGAACCAAUGAAUGCGACAUUCGGAUCCAGCUUCCAAACGUCUCGAAGGAGCACUGUCGUAUCGAGGUCAAUGAUGCAGGCAAGGUAACGCUGACCAAUCUGAGCACAGUGAACCCGACGCGGAUAAACGGCAAGAGUCUGACCAACACUGUGGCACUGAAGCACAAGGAUAUCUUCACAAUCAUUGAUCGCUCAUUCAGAUUUGAGUUUCCACCAGGCCACACCAAUCGUCUGUCUACACCGGGCAAACCAGAAGGGUCGGUGCAGAGUCCUGUGGUGUCAUCCACCAGUGGCACCAAGGCAAAAACUCCUAAGAAGACUCCAACAAAGAGCCCUGGAAAGACUCCAGCCAAACCCAAGGCAAAGACACCUGUCAAGACACCAGCCAAGACACCAGCCAAGAGGGCAGCAUCACCAUCCACUGCCCCAACAAAGAAGGCCACACCCAAGGCAUCAGCAUCAUCACCUAACGUCGGCAAGACGCCCUCCCCAGCCAAGAAAGCAGCCACUCCAAAGACGACCCCUGCAGCCAAGAAGGCCCCCAAAGCCUCUCCCAAAGCCUCGCCAAAAGCCUCACCAAAAGCCUCGCCAAAAGCCUCGCCCAAGGCAGCUCAGGAAGCACCUGUCACUAGCACCACUCCUGUCAAGAUGGAAGAGAAAACUGAAACACCAAAAAGAGCCACACCUUCAUCAACUAAAAAGAUUCCCAAACGGUUAAGCGGAUCUAUGAAGAAGGCAACAGUAGACAGCCCCAUGAUGCCAGGACGUACCAAGUCUCUGAAAAGAAGCAUCGGUCAGUUGCGACGAGUCUCAGCACCACUCAAGGAAGAGGAUGAGGUAGCUUCGCCUCAAACUGCUACCAAGACCCCACCCAAAGCCAAGACUCCGCCCAAAACCAAGACCCCGCCCAAAACCAAGACCCCACCCAAGGCUACAGCAAAGACUCCGCCUAAAGCAUCACCAAAAGUAAAAACACCUGCCAGCAAGAAGAAAACCCCAGCAUCCAACAAGAAGCGACAAUCCACUGAUGACAUCGCACCAAGCGCCAAACGGAAGCGUGUGUCCUUUGGUCCCCAACUCAGCCCUGAGCAGUUUGACAAGCGUCUGCCACCUCUUACUCCUCUCCGGCGAGGUGCAAUGCCAAACAAUAGGCGCUCAUUUAAUGGAAUGACAGCAAGUCCCAAGGUAUCUGGUCUCAUCAAGCAUCGUCACUCCCUGGCAGUCACUGCAAUCAAGGAGUCUGCAGAAGAGGUCGAGAAGUCACCCAAGGUUUCCAAAUCGCCUAAAGCAAAGUCACCAGCGAAGACACCAGCAAAAGCAGCAGCCAAUUCGCUGGCCAAAUCACCAGCCAAGUCACCGGCCAAGACACCGGCCAAGACACCGGCCAAGUCACCGGCCAAGACACCGGCUAAGACAACAGCCAAAUCACCGGCCAAGUCACCGGCCAAGUCACCAGCUAAGACACAAGCAAAAGAAGUGGCCAAGCCACCGGUCAAGACACCAGCCAAAUCACCGGCCAAGUCUCCUGCAAAGUCACCAUCCAAGUCUCCUGCAAAGUCACCGGCCAAGACACCGGCCAAGUCUCCUGCAAAGUCACCGGCCAAGUCACCGGCCAAGACACCGGCCAAGUCUCCUGCAAAGUCACCGGCCAAGACACCGGCCAAGUCUCCUGCAAAGUCACUGGCCAAGACACCAGCCAAGUCACCGGCUAAGUCUCCUGCAAAGUCUCCAGCUAAGACACCAGCCAAGCCACUUGCAGCCAAGAAGUCUCCUAAAGUCACCCCUAAGUCUUCCAAGAAAUCACCAGGAAAGUCUCCCAAGUCGUCUAAGAAGCCCCUGAUGAAGAUUAAGCUGGCUGUGAAGCCACCCUCUCCAGCCAAGGCAGAUGCUAAACUAGCCACUCCAAAAGCAGCUACACCGAAAGCAAAAACUCCAGUGAAAACUGCUACUCCAAAACCAGCUCCAGUUUCAGAAAAGAAGACCCCAAGAGCAAUCAAGCCCUCAGUAAAAUUGAUGGAUGAAAGCUUCACCGGUCUCCCAGAGAUGUUUAGCACACCGUCACCAGUCAAAGAAGGAGCAGUCGGUCAGGGUAGAGUAUCCAAGCCAACACCUAAAUCGGCCCUGAAAAAGAAGCUUUCAACUCCCUUGAAGAAAGCUAUCGUUCAAGCUGCUCAAAAAAGAGCAAAAUCAAGCCCAAAGAAGAUGUCAGCACCUUUGAAAGAAGCCAUCAAGAAGGCUGCAGAGGCCCUGCCCAAGAAGUCUACCCCCAAGAAAAUGGCGACACCAUUGAAGAAGGCAAUAGCCCAGGCUGCUGCUGAAAAACCCAAACAAGUCGCACCCAAGAAGAUGUCAACACCUUUGCAAAAAAGCAUAAAGGUGGCGGCUGCGGCAAAGCCCAAGGUUCCUACUCCUAAGAAGAUGGGGACUCCGUUGCAAAAAGACAUCAGAGCUGCAGCUGCAGCCAGACCUAAGAUUCCUACCCCCAAGAAAUUGGCAUCUGAGCUACAGAAGGGCAUCAAGGUUGCUGCUGAGGAGAGGAAGGCCCGCACUGAGACCAAGAAGAUGUCACCAGCUCUCAAGGAACAGAUUGAGAAGGGUGUUGAUCUGAAGAAGACUAAACCAUCAACCCCCAAGAAGCCACAGACACCCAAGGCCAAGACCCCUACCCCAAAGAAGACAAAGACUCCAACUGCCAAGAAAUCUCCAGCAGCCAAGCCAGCAACCCCAAAAGCCAAGACCCAAACUCCCAAAGCAAAAACACCUGCUGCGAAGAAAGCGGUAACAAUUGCUGCCGAGUCUCCAGUGCAGAUGUCGUCCGAGUUGACGCCAAAGCCCAAGACACCCAAAGCUAAAACUCCCAAGGCCAAGACCCCCAAGGCUAAGACCCCCAAGGCCAAGACCCCCAAGGCUAAGACUCCAGCCAGAGCCAAGACCCCAGCCAGAGCCAAGACUCCAGCCAGACCCAAGACUCCACGUCCUAUGAGGUGGGCAGACAUCGUCAAGAAGGGAGCAUCCAAGCCUUCGACUGCUUCCAAAGUCCUUGUUGCAAGAGCUCUGAAGACAUCUAAAAGCACCAAGGCCAAGAUAGUGUCUUCAAAGGCUAAGACACCAAAGAGAGCAUUUGGUGUUGGAAGCACUGGACAUGCGGCCUCUCCAGCAACCAUCCUGAUCGGUCGUUCUCAGCGUACCGCAAAGACACCUGUCCGUCCCAAGAAGGGCAGGAAGACACCAUUCAAGAAGGCACCACCCAAAACACAGUCUGCUGCUGACACCAGCUUUACAGGCCUGGCGGACAUGAUGAAGACCCCAUCACCAAAAAAGAGAUCCAAGCAGUCCUUGCUGGAUGCCACCCUGGACAUGCCCACACCAGAAGGGCCCGGCGUCAUGGCAGUAUCACCUCUGACAUCAAGGGUGCCUAGCCCAAGGAAGAGCACAUCUCCUUACAAGAUGGUCUCGCCACUCAUAGCCAAGCAGACACCCAUGAAGUCCUCAGUCACAGUGUCUGCUCUGGCUGCUGUCAAAAUGUCAGGUAAGAGAAUGUCUGAGAAGUUUGUGUCGCCGCUGAAGGACAGUAAGACUCCCAUGAAGACAGGCAAGGUGGUUAAAGCAAAGGCCAAGACACCUAAAGCCAAGACACCUGCUAAAACUAAGACACCUGCUAAAGCUAACACACCUGCAAAGGCUAAGACACCUGCAAAGGCCAAGACACCUGCAAAGGCCAAGACACCUGCUAAACCCAAGACACCUGCUAAACCCAAGACACCUGCUGAAGAAAAGACACCGAAAUUCUCUGGUAUGGCUGCUGUCAAAAUGUCAGGUAAGAGAAUGUCUGAGAAGUUUGUGUCGCCGCUGAAGGACAGUAAGACUCCCAUGAAGACAGGCAAGGUGGUUAAAGCAAAGGCCAAGACACCUGCAAUGACCAAGACACCUGCAAAAGCCAAGACACCUGCAAAGGCCAAGACACCUGCAAAGACAACAACACCUGCUGAAGAAAAGACACCGAAAUUCUCUGGUAUUGCUCGUCUCAUGAAAACUCCCAAGCCUUUACCCAAGUCUCCAAAGUUGGGUGGCAUCAAGCAGCUUGUCGCAUCUCCCAAGAAGAUUGACCCUUAUGAUGACUUCGAAGGAGUACCUGAACUUUUUGUCACUCCUAAGCGACAACCCCCAUCCCCUGUUAAGGCUAGCGCUAAGAAGAUAACCAAGCGCAAGGCCUCUCCACCACCAGCUCCACCCGCUAAGCGCACCAAAGCAAGCACCCCGGGACCCAAGGCCGAGAAAGCUGAUACACCUGUUAAAGAAUCCAAAAUUGCAACACCUAGUCCUGUGAAGCCAAAGAGACCCAAGAGAGGAGCUGCACCCAAGCAAACCCCAGCCAAGAAAACCAAGACACCUGCUAAGAAGACACGUGCUGCCAAGGCAGUCACGGAUCCGUCUCCUGCUCCAGUCAAGAAACAGACCCGUGGCAAAAGAGCAGCUGUUGAACCCGUUGAGGAGCCACCCGCCAAAAAGCAGGCUGUUACUCAAGCAGACUCUUUGGGAACAACAACAACACCAGCGAGGCGUGGACGUAGAGGAGCUGCAGCCAAGAAGGCUAAAACUCCACCAGCUAAAGAAAAGACCCCCAAGAAGCAGACAAGAGGAAGGAAAGCAGUUGCUGCUCCAGAAACUCCAGUGGUUUCUGUUGAACCGUCACCUAAGAAGACCCGUGGGCGAUCUAAGAAACAGGCAACUGCUCCAAUACCCAAGAAGACUGUGAAAAUAGUGUCGCCUGUUAAGGCCGAGACUCCUGCUCCCGCAAAGAGAGGUAGAAGAGCAGCUGCUACAAGUAAGCCAACUAAAACACCCACUAAGAAGGCAACACCUGCUAAGAAAGCAACACCCGCUAAGAAAGCAACACCCGCUAAGAAAGCAACACCUGCUAAGAAAGCAACCACCCUGGAUGUUGAGGAAGUGGUCCUUGUUGGGCCCAGUCCCAAGAAGACUCGAUCUGGACGUGGAAGGAAAGCCGUCAGCUCUCCUGCGCAACCCAAGGUAGCCCCCAAGAAGACAGCCUCUAAAUCUGCACCUGUUCAGAAAACACCUGCCAAGACACCGGCUAAAUCCAAGGCAGCUCCCAAGAAGACCCCAGCCAAGACAACUAAGGCUAAGAAAGAAGCCGCAGCAGUUAUAGAAGCACCUACUGUCUCCCCCAAAACAACCAGGUCAGGAAGAAGCAGGAAGAAAGCAUCUCCAGCUAAGCCAGCCAAGUCGCCAGUAAAGAAGACACCAGCCAAGAAGGUGCCACGCAGUAAGGCAAGCAAGGAGGUUGCGGCAUCACCAGUCAUUGCCGAGCCAAGUCCCAAGAAGACACGUAGAGGGGCUGUCAAGAAGGCCACUGCCACUCCCAAACCAAAAGCCAAGGCCAAUAAGCAGACUGUUGUAGAGAUCAUCGUCAUCGACUCACCUACUCCUAAGAAGCAGCGGGCGACAAGGGGGAGAGCAGCAUCCAAACCCAAGACACCCAAACCUGCUGCAAAAACCUCCAAAGCAGCCAAGAAGGUGGCAUCUCCAACCGUCGCCAAAAAGGCUUCACCUGCUGUCACAAGGAGAACCACUAGGUCUAGGAAAAAUUGAAAUCUGUCAUUUUACACUGAUGCAGAUCUCAGGCUCAAUAAAAAGAUUCAAAUAGAGCAUUCAUUUUCAGAAAACUUUGGAGUCAUUUGUUGCUACAUGUAUUUGAAGUGUGAUUAAGAUAAGAGGAUUUAAGCAUAUUUAUUUCUUCCUUUUUACUGGUCUCUUCACAAACAGGAGUUCAUUUUUUAGACUUUGAUUGUCACAUUAAUCUACUAGCUGGUAAAAUAUUGAAUCAUUGUGAUCUAAAUUUGAUAUUUUCUUCAGUGUCUGAAUGUUUUCGUACAUAAUAUGCAGAUGAAUUGGACCAAUAUAUUGGGAUUUUGAAGAUCCAUUUUAUACCAUUUUAGUUGAAAUGGAAAGGAUGUAAAAGUAUAAACGAGGAGUGGAAUUUUACUUUUUUGAAAUUAUUGGUAUUGAUAAGUCACAAGUAAAAAAAACCCCAAUCAUCAGUACUUCUAAUUCCAAGUAAAGGGUGAAGUCUUCACCUUCCCUCCGAGAUAUUUGUAUUGUAAAUAGAGCUUGGAUUUCCCCUACUGUACAUAUUUGUACAAAGUUCAUAGUUUUAGCCUUAGUUUUGUUAAUCAUUCAUCUGCUAAAAUAGAAGAUAGGGAAGCAAUACAUUCCUAAUUGAACAUUUGGGUUUUUAUAUUCUACUUUCCAGAACUACUUGUUACUGAAAGCGAAAAUACUUAGCAUGGUUUAGUGACAAGUAUUUGCAAAAUAUGUCUUCCAUUUGAUACACGUUUUGCAGUUUUUGAUGCAAGGUCAAAAGGUGACUACAUUUUUGCACUGCAUCGGUGAAUUUCAUAAAAAAAUAUUAAGGAAACUAAGGAAUUCGGGAAAAGUGGCCUGCCUAGCUUUCUAGCUUUUUAUAGUGUUGACAUUUGUACAUAAGUGAUCACAUUUUUUCCAGUAGAAACCAAUUUGGAUAUGGAGUGGUUUUUAAAGGUGUUCUGUAAAACAACAUGUAAAGGGGCGAUUGUAAAAGUGGUUACUUAUUUAAAUGUGUAUUCUUUAAACAAUUUAUUCUCGUGGAAGAUAGUAUAUAGAGAGUGUGAAGUAGAUUCUAGGACCGAGUUGUAAAUAUGAUGGUUUUAAAGAUUUGUCAUUUUUAAGUUUCAUUUAGGUGUCGUUUGUCUUCAAGUAAUGUGUCUUCUCAAUCGUCUCAAAUCUACGGGAAUUAGUGCUCAGGGGCUGUACGAUAUUUUGUAUUUCUAUGUAAUUCGAAUUCAUAUACAUGUACAUGUAGUGUUUUUCCUGAUGAUUUUUUUUAAGAAAGGCUGACUGGCUGAGUAAUUGGGUUAUAUCAUGACUACUUGAAAGCUUGACAUAAAAAAAUACCACCAGAAAUGCUUUAAGGCAACACUCUAUUUAUUUUGAAACAGCUAAAAUAUUUUUAGAGUAAAAUUUGGAUUACAAAUAGACACAAAACUAGUGGGAAAAUGUUGUGUGUGUUGUUGUUUUUUUCAGACAAGUUUUUGUUUUCAUAACUGCUCAUGGUGACCCCUUUUUAAAUUGUAAUACUAUGUUAGUUUGAUGUUAAUUUUGUUCUCACAAUUACUCUUUGUUUUAAGGUCGUUAGCCACAGGUUAAUAGAAACUCAUGAAGGAACAUGACUGUCUCUUGUAAAGCACGCCCUCUGUUGUCAAGAUACACUUUCUAUGGACUGAUCAAUGCAAAACACGUGUACUUGUACAUGUAUGUACAUUAAUCUCUAGAAUAAUUUUGAUCAUAACUUGAAAUUUUGUUUAAAAAGAAAAUAGAAAAAGGCCACAGUUCAGGAGAAAACAUGUGUAAGUGUUCAAUUCAAUUUCAUAUCGAUUCACUUUUGUAAAAAUAAACUUUCAAAAAACUCUUUUUGUCAAGCAGAUGCGAGUAGAGCUGUGCUGCGGUAUAAGAAAAAGUUAGUACAUGUACAAUGUACAUGCACUUGCAUGUAUUUUUGAGUGACGAAAAAACAGGCCGGCCCUGCCUAAAGUAGACUGGUUCCUUUGAUAUGGUAUGUUACUACAAGUUGUCAAGUCCUUGUUUCAGGGACACGACAAAGAUGGCACAUGUAAGUGAAAUGGGCUGCUGGUUUUCUCUCAACUCUGUUUGCCACUUAAUGCUUCCUCGUAGCAUUUUUAUUUUAAUAAAAAUGAACGAACUGAGCGAAUGGGCCAUUGGAAUAAUCAAAUAUCGGUUUAGAAGUGAAGCUGCAAUCUUACAAGUGCAGCAAGUUUUCAAGAAGGCUACUGAAUAAAUCGUACAGUUGUGAUGAUUGGAACCAA